UUGGAUACAAUCAUAUGUACUAUGGGACACAUUUGAACUGACGCUCUUACCAAUAAUAGUAUUGUGGUAGUGGGGCAGUGCCUGUUCGAGUGUCCAAGAUAAAGCCAAAACGAAAAGAAUUCGAGCCUAAAAUGUCUGAUUUAGAAAGUGAUGUUUUUUUGGAAAAUGCCAACUCAAGAACAAAAAUCAGUGCCAACCAACGAAUCGAGGAUAUUCUAGGCUUUGGACGCUUCCAGUUCUUCCAAAGUUGGGUGUACAUAUUUCUGAUUGGGUUCCUUGGAGCCAUGACCAUGUUCCAAUUGGUGUUCCUCAUAACCACACCUCCAACAAGAUGUGCCCUCCCUGACAACAUUAAAGACGAUCCCUUUCUUUAUCAAGACCACGUUAUGGAAUGUGAAAUGGCUGAAAUCAGCACAACCAAUGCGGAAUGCAUGGCUUUUGGCGGGAUGGCUGAUUUCAUUUCCAACCAAUGCUUUCACGAGACGAACAAGAUAUCUUGUCCAAAUGGCCAAUUCUUCAAUCUAUCCAGUUCAGAUGCAUUUCACAGUCUAGCGGUGGAAAAUGAUUGGGUUUGUGAUCAAGCUGAUCGAGGGGCAAACCUCAUGAUGGCUCAAAGUAUUGGCUCGAUUAUCAAUGGUUUGAUUGUGAUGCAACUUAGUGAUAGUUGGGGGCGAAAACCGGUGAUCCUUUUGACCAACUUAUUGUUUAUUGUGACGCGAACGACGUUCCUCUUCUUCACCGAAUAUUACUACUUGAGCAUGGUUCUCGUGGCUGUGGGAUCCGGAUAUUUUCCCCUUGGUAUCAGAGUGGCUUACACCCUAGCGGCUGAAUUUACCAACGAGCGAGGCAGACAUCACGUGUAUGUGGCCGGGUGGGCCUCUUGGGUUCUUGGAAUGGUUUCCUUGGCCAUGAUCGCUUGGGCUUGCCAGCAUUGGUUCAUUUAUGGUUUGAUUACAUCUUUGUCAGGACUCUUACUCCUGCCGUUCAUGAUACUGAUGCCUGAAUCCCCAAGGUUGCUCUUAAACCAAGGAAAAAUCUCCGAGGCCAAAAAGGUGAUUGAAACCAUCAAGAAAUACAACAAAGAACCGGUUCCUCCCAAUCUUGGGCUGGAAUUGGCUCAAAUCUCCAGAGAGGUCCAAGGAGAAGCUGGUUUUGGACUCCGAUCCUUGGCAUCCUCCAAAUAUUUGAUGAUUCUAACCAUGGUUCUAGGCGUAACCUGGACAGUUAAUGAUUUCUUUUACAUUGGUGGACAACUAAACGUGGAAAAUUUAGCGGGUAACCAGUUCGUCAAUUUUGCAAUAAUCAGUCUCACAGAGAUGCCCUCCGUAUUCAUUGGAGAAUUUUUCAUCAACCGGGUGGGCCGAAGGUGGACCCAUUGUGUGUGCAUGAUCUUAACCACAAUAUGUUUUGCCGCCAUCAUUCCAAUCGCUGAAGAUGACUCGUUGGGAUGGCUGGUGACCACCUUAGCCAUAGUGGCUAAAACACUAGGAAAUAUAGGCUGGUAUAUCAACUACGUUCAAAACAUGGAAAUCUUUCCGACAUGUGCCCGAGUCACUGGAAUGAACUUGACCUCAACAGUAGCACUCGUUUUCGGAACUGUGGGCCCAUAUGUCAUUCUCUUGGGGAAAUCCGAUAUCAAGAUGAUGUAUGGUAUCUUUGUCAUGAUGGGUGUGAUUGGAACCAUUACCACUAGUUUUGUCCCAGAGACCUUGAAGCAAGAGUUUCCAGAGUGUGUGGAGGAUCUGGCUAGGUCCAAACGUUAUCCUUACCUCAGUUGGAGGGUUUGGAACGCUGAUCAAAAAGAGAGAAUGACUAAUUCAAAAUAAUCGAACCUCAAACUUUAUACAAAUAAAAAAGAACAAUACAUUCCUUGUGCAUCAAGUUCUCGUGAUACGCAGUCUUUAAAAACUUCCAUUAUCAAAAUGUCUGGGAAUAUUCGUGUCUUGCUCUAUCCUGAACGUGGAUCAAUCGAGAAGACGACGUACUCGAAAUGUAAAUACCCAGCCGUAAAAAGCCAGGUUUUGACUCUGGAAAAAAUAAAAAAUAAAAUUCUUAUUCAGGAGGAUCUUCAGGCCUGAUCAUUUCAUUCGCCAUGGAGAGAACAGCAGUUGUCCAUUUCUG